UCAUAUCAUAGUAACCUCCACCAGCUCUCCUCGCCCUCUAGAAAAAUUCAGUAGAAAAAUUCAGUGGAAGACCCGCUAUGUAGCACUAAGCAAUCUUCUCUUUCUAUUCGCACAACACCCCCACUUUUUUGAAGUCUAAAGAUUAUCAUAAAGAUCUUAAAGCUUCAGGAGAGGCAAAAACUAAGAAUGACCCGUCAAAGAAAAGAAUCAGAAGCUCCAUAUCAUCAUGUAAUUCAUAAACUUCCUCCUCCUGGGGAUAGCCCUUAUGUUAGAGCCAAGCAUGCUCAGCUAGUUGAGAAGGAUCCUGAAGCAGCAAUAGCUUUGUUUUGGAAGGCGAUAAAUGCCGGAGACAGGGUCGAUAGUGCUCUCAAAGACAUGGCAGUGGUUAUGAAACAGCAAGACAGGGCAGAGGAAGCUAUUGAAGCUGUGAAGGCCUUUAGAGACCGCUGCUCGAAGCAAGCCCAAGAAUCUCUAGAUAACGUCCUCAUUGACUUGUACAAGAAAUGUGGAAAAAUUGAGGAGCAGAUAGAUCUACUGAAACAGAAACUUAAGAUGAUUCACCAAGGAGAGGCCUUCAACAGGAAGGCUACCAAGACAGCGCGGUCACACGGGAGGAAGUUCCAGGUUACUGUCAAACAAGAGACUAGUCGGAUACUGGGAAACUUGGGUUGGGCAUAUAUGCAGCGAGGAAACUAUAUGGCAGCAGAAGCUGUAUACCACAAAGCUCAGUCUUUUGAUCCUGAUGCUAACAAGGCCUGCAACUUGUGCUUGUGCUUAAUCAAGCAAACACGAUAUGCUGAGGCAAAAUCAGUUAUCGAUGACAUAUUGCAGGGUAAGCUUUUAGGAUCUGAUGAGCCCAAGUCAAGAAACCGCGCCCAGGAGCUGCUACGUGAACUAGAGACAUGCCAAUCCUCAUCGAUGUUUUCAGAACCAUCAGGAUUAAGUUUAGAAGAUGCUUUUGUUGAGGGUCUUGACCAGUUGAUGAGUCAAUGGACUCCAUAUAGAUCAAGAAGACUGCCCAUAUUUGAAGAGAUCUCGCCAUUCAUGGAUCAGUUAGCCUGUUGAUUACCUGUUUUAAGACUUUCUUCAAUUUUUUAACCUGGGCUGUGUAUAAUUAGAGGAGAUGAUAAACUGGGACUAGGAGUUAAUGUAACAAAUGAACACUUCAAUGUGUUCCAUGCAACCACCGUACGAUGUGUAUAUUUCCUGUGUUCUUCAAAACCAAACACACACCAAUUACUUUCUUGGUGUUGUGUUAUGCAGUAUAUAGUCAAGUCUUCCAUGCGAA